UUUCCACACCCAACAGACCUAAUCUAGACUUGUUCAAUACCGUUGUGCUUUGAUUUUAGUUGUGGAAGUUUUGAUGAACAUUAUUUUUUAUCAUGCGUCUUUUAAAAAGUCUUCUUGUAGAGAUUGCUAUAAUAUGUCUGGCCGUAGCGGAGGAUGUACCAUGUUCUCCUCGAGCAGGAGAUCCAGGACAAGGCCAAAUCUGUGUAUGUAACUCUACCUUCUGUGAUACUAUAGAACGACCAACUGCACUACCCAGAGGCCAGUACCAUCACUAUACAACUAGCAACUCUACACCUGGGUUCACACAUACUACAGGGUCAUUCAAUUUGCAUCAAAAUGAAGAUAAUUCAUAUGAUAUUCUAUUCAAGAUUGAUAACAGUGUUCAGUACCAGGAAAUCAUUGGUUUUGGAGGAUCAUUUAGUGACUCAGCAGGUAUUGUUAUCAGUGAACUGUCAGAAGAAGCUCAAGACAAUCUGAUCAAGUCAUAUUUUGGAAAAGACGGUAUAGAGUACACUCUCUGUCGCACGACUAUUGGUGGGUCAGACUUCUCAGGGAGGCCUUACUAUACUCUAGAUGACGUCCCGUAUGAUGACGGGCUGACCCAAUUCAGCCUCACUCAUGAAGACUAUGCAUACAAAAUACCUUACAUCCAGAAGGCCAUGGCAGUUAGUGACCGAGGUAUCAAAUUAUAUGGUUGUGCCUGGAAUUCUCCCCAGUGGAUGAAGACAAGCUACUCUCAAGGGAAAGGAGGUGCAGGCUACGUGAGAGAAAGAUACUUGAAAACCUACGCACAAUACCAUGUUAAGUUCCUCGAAGAGUACAGAAAGAACCAGAUAGACAUUUGGGGAAUAAGUGGAGGAAAUGAGGUGAUGCUUGGAGUUAUGGUAGGACUCAACUGCACUCAACAACUAGCUAACAUUCAGCGCAACUGGCUGAAGGAUUAUCUCACCCCACAGUUGAGCGCUGCCAACCUAAGUGAUGUCAAGUUCCUGGGCAUGGACGAUAUGAGAUUGUUUGCCCUAUAUUGGGGUGACCGGUUUGCAGACGACAUUGAAGCCUACAAGCUGUCUGGUGGUAUAGCUCUUCAUUGGUAUUUAGACUUCUUCAUACCUCCCUCUGUUCUGGACAAAUUUCACGAAAAGCAUCCUGAACAAAUGAUCAUCUAUACGGAGAGCAGUAUAAACCCCGUCUUUUUUUCAGGGCCAGGAGAUCCAGCAGUGCAGUUUGGUUCUUGGAGGAGAGCGGCACUCUACAUGCAUAAUAUGAUUGAGAACCUGAAUCACUGGACUCAAGGAUACAUAGACUGGAACCUAGCCCUAAAUAUGACAGGAGGUCCAUACCUAUACCUGGCUCUUGACGCUGCUGUCAUCGUCAACAACGAUACAGGGGAGUUCUACAAACAGCCGAUGUUCUACGCCCUGGGUCACUUCUCAAAGUUCAUCCCUCCUGGGUCAAAGAGGGUCGGAGUCACCGCAAAAAACCACACUUCUUACGACUAUAAUGACAUGGACGACUUAGAUGUGGACAAGAUUCUAGAAAUCUACAGAAAGUCUAAGAUUGGAGAAACUGUCAAUUUAGAAGCGAUUAAACCAGUCUCGGCUCCAGAGAUCGUGGAAUGUGUUGCCUCUACCAAUCCAGAUGGUAGUAAUACUAUCAUUGUGCUAAACAAAUCAGUGAGGUGUAUGUCAAGAACAUUUAUGAGUGACGAAAUGGUACGCAGGUGGGUAAGGGCCAGCGAACACAGAAGGGCAUCUGAAGACAGCCCCACCAACGUCCAUCAUGAGCAACGCACUGGGCAGCGUCACUGUCCCCAGUACCCAGUGCGUUGUUCAUCAUGGACGUUGGUGGGGCCGUCUUUAGAUGCCCACCCACUUGUGUACCAUUCCGUCACUCAUUAA